AUGCGUCUUGACACUGCCUUAGCGUGGUUACUUAGCCUUUCCACGUUCGUAUGCAGCUAUUCAGCGGCAGUAGAAGUAGGCGACGGAGACCUGCUCCUGACGCCCUUAAUACGGGCUGGACGAAUCGACGAAGCUCGGGCUGCAUGCAAUGUGACGCCUCUGAAGGGAACCAUCGAGAGCUACUCCGGUUACCUGACCGUGGACGAGGCUCACGGUUCCAACAUGUUUUUCUGGUUCUUCCCGGCCACGAGCGGCAAAGCGGACGCGCCGGUCCUGUUGUGGCUACAAGGUGGCCCGGGCGCGUCGAGCCUGCUCGGCGUGUUCAACCUGAAUGGCCCAUUCUCGGUGUGCAAGGGCUGUGGCGGUGAGCUCAAGUUGCGUGACCACGCGUGGACGGCUACGCACUCGAUGCUGUACGUGGACAACCCGGUGGGAACAGGGUUCAGCUACACUGGUGACGAUUCCGGUUACAGUACUGACGAGAUGGAUGUCGCCCGGAACCUGUACGUCACCCUGGUGCAGUUUUUCGAGCUAUUUGCCGAGUAUCAGCACAACGAUUUCUAUGUGACUGGUGAGUCGUUCGCUGGCCACUAUAUCCCGGUCUUGUCAUACGCCAUUCACCAGAACAACCCCGGGGCCAAGGUCAAGAUCAAUCUCAAGGGUCUGGCCAUUGGCAACGGCCUAGUAGAUCCUCUCAACCAGCUGUUCUACAGCGAGUACCUAUACCAACACGGGUUCAUUGACGAAAACGGAAAGCACAUAAUCGAACAAAUCGAUAAUGUUAUUCACUCUCAGAUCCUCGGCGGCGACUACGAGGGCGCGUUCCGGACGUACGACGAGAUGUUGAACGGUAUAUUCUACCCGUACCCGACCAUGUUCCAGAACCUGACCGGCAUGCAAUACUACUACAACUUGCUGUUGGACCGGAAACCGCCGUCGGACAACGAUUGGAUACAGUUCGUGGAAAAGCCGUCCGUGCGUGCCGCGUUACACGUUGGCCAACGGCGGAUGAUCUACUUGAAUAAGGCAGUCUAUCAACACAUGCUUGGUGACGUGAUGCGGUCGGUGGCACCGUGGUUGGCCGCUAUAUUGAACGCUGGACGCUACCGGGUUUUGUUGUACAGCGGACAGCUUGAUAUCAAGCUCCACCACCGGGGCACCAUGCGCAUGGCCCAGUCGCUAGAGUGGUCGGGCGCGGAACGAUUUCGGAGCUACCCAUCGCGCACCAUAUGGCGUGUUUGCGAACGGAAGAAUCGAUGCGACAACGGAAACGAGACCACCGUGGCCGGUUACGCGACUGCGUCCGGUCCUCUAACCGUGCUGUUGGUCAGGGAUGCCGGUCACAUGGUGCCAGCCGAUCAGCCAGUUUGGGCUCUCGAACUCAUCAACCUGUUCACGGCAGACAAAUCGUUUCGACCUACAGGAUCAUUUAUGAUCUAA